GGGGGGCAGCGGGGCGCCUCGGCGCGGCUCCCGGCUCCCCCCGCUCCCCGCCGCAGGGUGCGCGGAGCUCCGCCGGGGAAGGCUUUGGGGGGCCAUGGAGAACGGUUCGGCCAGCCCGGGAGCCGCGCUGGGAGGCAGCGGCAACCAGACCCUGGGCAGGAUGCCCCGGCAGCCCCUGGAGCUGCAGGUGGUCACCAUCCUGCUGGUGCUGCUCAUCUGCGGGGUGGGUAUCGUGGGCAACGUGAUGGUGGUGCUGGUGGUGCUGCGCACCAAGCACAUGGUGACCCCCACCAACUGCUACCUGGUGAGCCUGGCGGUGGCUGACCUCAUCGUGCUGCUGGCAGCCGGGCUGCCCAACAUCUCCGAAGUGGUGGCUUCUUGGGUGUAUGGCUACGCCGGCUGCCUCUGCAUCACCUAUUUGCAGUACUUGGGCAUCAACAUCUCUGCCUGGUCCAUCACAGCCUUCACGGUGGAGCGUUACAUUGCGAUCUGCCAUGCCAUCAAAGCUCAGCUCCUGUGCACUGUGUCCCGUGCCAAGCGCAUCAUCUCCUCGCUGUGGCUCUUCACCUCCCUCUAUUGCCUCAUGUGGUUCUUCUUGGUGGACACAACCCAGGUCACCUUCUCGGAUGGGGCACAGGUCAGCUGUGGCUACCGGGUCUCCAGAAGCCUUUACAUGCCCAUUUACUUCUUGGAUUUUGCUGUCUUCUAUGUCAUCCCUUUGGGGCUGGCAACUGUCCUCUACGGCCUCAUUGCCCGCAUCCUCUUCAUGAGCCCCUUGCCCACCACCCCGCAGCACUCCUGCCUGGGCUCCACGCACCAGGGCGGCUCCCUCAAGCUCUCCUGCCGGGGCAAGAAGGGGGCCCUGAGCUCCCGCAAGCAGGUGACCAAAAUGCUGGCUGUCGUGGUGGUCCUCUUCGCCUUUCUGUGGAUGCCUUAUCGCACGCUGGUGGUGGUGAACUCCUUCAUGGACCCUCCAUACCUGAACAUCUGGUUCCUUCUCUUCUGCCGCAUGUGCAUCUACCUGAACAGUGCCAUCAACCCCAUCAUCUACAACCUCAUGUCACAGAAAUUCAGGGCUGCCUUUAGGAAGUUAUACAAGUGUGAAAAGAAGAGUGCUGAGAACCCUGCGCCGUACACCGCCCCAGUGUACUACAGUGUUAUGAAGGACUAUUCUCAUGACAGCUCCGAUCUCAACAUCACCAAACAAGAAGAUCUGAACAGUGUCCCUGCAACUUCAAAGAAGAACAAGCCUGCCAAAUAAAUCCUGGGACCCUGAAACAACGCAGGCACUGGGAGCUAUGUGGCUGUAUGCACCGUGUUGUGAAAGUGCCAGCAGAAAUUGCUUUGGUGUUCCAGCAAGCUUAGUUUAAUACCUCUCCUGGGCAUUUAACAAAACAGAUUCUUAGAGGCAGAUUAAUUUGUUUUACUUUAAUGCUAAUUUAUUCUUGUUUGGUGAAGUGUUAGGCACAGGUCAAUGUUUAGCAUCUUUAAAGAAGCUGUAGUUAAAUAUAGCAGUGCAAUGCCAUUCUGUGUUACAUGCAAAUGCAACUGUUUGUUGUGGGCCAGAGCACUGAAAGGAAAUCCAGGAAGAGGGCAUUCAAGGAAACAACAACAAUAAAAUCCAACGAAAAGCCAAACCAAGCAACCAACCAAAAACAAACAAACAAAUAAAACCCACAAAAAACCAAAAACCAAACAAAAAAACCCCCAACAACUUCAUUCUGCUCAACCAUUUUUUUUUCUUUCAGGCUGACAUUCACCUACUCGAAUGUACAUGCCUGUAACACAGACACCCUAUGUGAGCUGUUCCUUUAGAGGCGUUUUAGAGUUGAUGGGGACAAUCAGGCACUUCCAGGAAGCGGCUCCUCUCAUCUCAGCAUAGUACUCCGAGGAAGACACGUACCUCAGGAGGAGAUGAAUGCCCCCCCCCAAGAUAUGACUAUUUCUGUCCACUGACUGUAAAGGGACUCUCUCAGGUGGAGACUCCUAUGUUAGGAAUAACUGAAGUUGGGUGUCAUGAACCUCACCUUAUGCUUCUGGAAAUAUUGCUGUGCUGGUAGAACAUAAACCCAAGGUCCAGAUGAGUUGGAUUUGUUACAGAAAAAUUAACAAACUAAUAAUGAGUGUUUCUUAAGGUAAUAGUAAUACUUCCAUCAUUGUGGUCUAAGCUUCUGGAUAAUUUUACUUUCUCUGCCCAAAUUCCUCUAGUUGCUUUAGCUGGGUACCGUAGUCUUGUCCUGCAAACCCCAGUGUGCUGUAGCUGUGUACUGUCGAGCAGCGUUGCUCUCCGUCCCAGCUAUGGUUGCAUUUCAAUGGCAGGUGAAGCAAUUCUCUUACUUCCUGAAAAUAAUUUGUGAAAGCCCAUCAAGUGUUUUGUGGUAAGUCACACACUGACUAUAAAACAUUAGCCAUACUCAUUGCUGCUAUCAUCUUGUGAGCAAAGUGGAAAGUCAUACCUGAGGCAUCUAAGAAACCAGCCCAAGGACACUUGCCCCAGACUUGCAAGAGACUAGCUAGACUAGGAGUGAAAUGUAGACGAUUACACAUGAGCCAAAUGCUCAGACUCUUGCCAAAUAAAACAAGUGUCAGCCACCAGUAACCCUCCAGUGACUGUAAAAGGUAUUUAAACACCCAGUUCAGCCUCACUCUUCAACAGAGUUUUUUGCUAAACUGUAGUGUUAAACAAUCUUAGAAUUUUGCAUACACUUUGGAAAAUAUCUGUGUGAUAUUUUUAUGAGCACAGGCCAUUAAAUAACCGUUCUGUGUCUAUGGGAAAUUGCUUCCCUGGGCGAGCCAGGACAAGGCCUCACCUCUCACUGACGUGUUGGGAACUGUCCAGGAUCAAUUUCGCUUGAUGUAGGGUGGCUUUGCAUAUACGAUUAUUAUAUUAUGAGUUAUUAAACUAUCUAUUUUGCCUCCAAAAUAACUGAAGGACGAGGAAAGAGAACAUUGGGUUUUGCAAUUAUUUGAAACUGUGUGUGUUUGGAAUUCAAGGAUUCAUGCCAUUUCUGGGCUCUUUUGCGUAUAUUGGGAAUUUAGGAACAAAGUUCCUUUUUAUUGUUAUUAAGGAAAUUUUGCACAGAGAUUUGGGAUUUGCUUCUUGAAGAAAACGGAAGUGGUUAUGCUA